CCAAGCGAACGGAUCGAACAAGAAAACAAAAUAUCAAAACAAUCAAAAAUCAAAUAUUAAAACCGGAAUCGGAGUCGGGAGUUGGGUUCCGAACCAAAGUGAAACGCUGUGCGCUGCCUAUAAAGCACCGCAUUAGAGAACAGCAACAACAGCAACUACAACAACAACAACAAUGCAUUUACAUGUCGCUCUAUGGGUCUGUGGCACGCUUCUGGCGCUGCUUUUGGGCUGGCAGCAACGCAAAUGCUGGCGCCUCAUUUGGCAGCUGAACGGCUGGCGGGGCGUGGCACAGCAGCCGGUGCUCUGGUUUCUGAUCUGCAUCAAUUUGCAUCCAAACAGCAUUCUGGACAAGGUGACGCGUCUGCGUGUGCUCUUCCAGCGACCGCUGGCCAUCCUGAUUGGCACACGCGCGCUGCUCUACAUUGACGAUCCGGCGGGCAUGGAGUGCGUCUUGAAUGCGCCCGAGUGUCUGGACAAGACCUUCAUGCAGGAGGGUUUCUUUGCGCGACGUGGCCUGCUGCAUGCGCGAGGUCAGAAGUGGAAGCUGCGCCGCAAGCAGCUGAAUCCCGCCUUCAAUCAUAAUAUUGUCAUCAGCUUCUUCGAUGUGUUCAACUCGGUGGGCAAUCAGCUGUUGGAACAGUUUGCCACACAGCCGCAUCUGCACGGCUCGGCGGUGCGGUUCAAGGAUGCCGAGGAUAUGCUCAGUCGCGCCGUUUUGGAGGUAUCCUGCCUCACCAUUAUGGGAACGCCGACGAAUUUCACGCAGGCGGAUGAUGCACACAUCGCCACCACCUACAAAAGGCUACUUGAAAUCUCGGCUAUUAAAAUUGUCAAGCCCUGGCUGCAAAUCGAUUUACUGCAUCGGCUUUUGGAGCCGCAGCUGUACGCGGAGGCCGCGGCAUGCAACCAGCUGCUCGUCGACUUUGUGGCAGAAAUCGUGCAGCGCAAGCAUCGCAAUUGGCAGCUACGCAACGCCCUCGACAACGGGGAGGAUGCGCCCUGGCAGCGUCGCAUCUUCAUCGAGCAAAUGUUUCAGCUGGCCGCCAACGGUGAGCUCACCCUGCAGGACAUCGAGGAUGAGGCCCAGUCCAUGGUCCUGGUGUCCUUUGAGACCGUCUCCAAUAGCAUUAUGAUCGCGCUGCUCUGCCUGGCCACGCACAAGGGCGACUGCCAGCAGCGCCUGCGUGCGGAGAUCGAGAGCGUGAUGCCGCAUGGCAACGACGUCAGCUACGUGAGCGUGGAGCACCUGCAGCAGCUGCGCUACCUGGAUGCAUUUGUGAACGAGGCGCUGCGUCUGCUGGCGACGGUGCCGAUGAAUCUGCGGCACGUGAGUCGUGACUUUCAGCUGGCGGGCCGCGAUGCCAUCGUGCCGCAGAACACGAUCAUUGUGCUGGACACGUUCAGCAUGCAGCGUGACACCGCCUGGUGGGGCGAGAGGGCGACCCAGUUCGAGCCACAGCGCUUUCUGCAACAGCAGCAGGAGCUGCUGCAGAAGGAGGAGGAACUGGAGCAGGAGCAAGUGCUGCACGGCCAGUCCAAGUACACCCCGACACGCCGGCAUUCCUAUAGCUUUCUGCCCUUCUCCAAGGGUCUGCGCACCUGCAUAGAAUUUGGGGACGAGACGUGCGUGUGA